AUGUGCCUGGAUAAGAACUCUUUUUGCCCCGUAGUGUUAGGAAUUAAUGGGAAAAGAACCGGAGAGGUGAGGGAGAGAGGCCAAGGCUCGGGUGUCUCUGUGUGGCUCAUUCCCCUCUCCUGUCCCCAGCUGACCCAGAGGCUGGACCUCCAGGGCAAUAUGCUGAAGGUCAUCCCUCCAGCUGCCUUCCAGGCCCUGCCUUACCUCACACAUCUGGACCUGCAGCACUGUCAGGUGGAGCUGGUGGCCGAGGGUGCCUUCCGUGGCCUGGGCCGCCUGCUCCUCCUCAACCUGGCUUCCAACCGCCUGAGCACGCUGCCCCAGGAGGCGCUGGACGGGCUGGGCUCACUGAGGCGCUUGGAGCUGGAGGGGAACGUGUUGGAAGAGCUGCGGCCUGGGACCUUCGGCGCCCUGGGGUCCCUGACCACUCUUAACUUGGCCCACAAUGCCUUGGUCUACCUGCCAGCCAUGGCCUUCCAGGGGCUGAUGCGCACUCGCUGGCUGCAACUGUCUCACAACGCGCUCAGCGUACUAGCCCCGGAGGCUCUGGCCGGCCUGCCUGCGCUGCGCCGCCUCAGCCUGCACCACAACGAGCUGCAGGCCCUGCCCGGGGCCGCCCUGUCCCAGGCCCGCAGCCUGGUGCGUCUGGAGCUGGGCCACAACCCGCUCACCUACACGGGAGAGGAGGACGGCCUGGCGCUGCCCGGCCUGCGGGAGCUCGCCCUGGACCACGGGUCCCUGCAGGCCCUGGGCCCCCGGGCCUUCGCCCACUGCCCGCGCCUGCACACCCUCGACCUCCGCGGGAACCAGCUGAGCGCCCUGCCCCCGCUGCAGGUCCCGGGCCAGCUGCGCCGGCUGCGGCUGCAGGGCAACCCAUUGUGGUGCGCCUGCCACGCGCAGCCCCUGCUCGAGUGGCUGGUGCGCGCUCGAGUGCGCACGGAUGGCGCGUGCCGGGGACCGCGGCGCCUGCGAGGCGAGGCCCUCGAUACGCUGCGGCCUUCAGACCUGCGCUGCCCGGGAGACGCGACAGAGGACGAGGACGAGGAGGACCGGCCGGCCCGCCCCCGCGCCCCUCCUCGCUCCCCGCACGAAGAGGCCGCGUGGGCCACGCCCUGCCCUUCUGCCUGCGUGUGCGUGGCGGAGACCCGGCACAGCGCUUGCGACGGCCGCAGCCUGCAGGCCGUGCCCCGCGGCUUCCCCAACGACACCCAGCUCCUGGACCUGAGGCGCAACCACUUCCCCUCCGUGCCCCGCACGGCCUUCCCGGGCCUGCGCCGCCUGGUGUCGUUGCACCUGCAGCACUGCGGCAUCGCGGAGCUGGAGCCCGGCGCCUUGGCGGGCCUGGACCGCCUUGUCUAUCUCUACCUCUCCGACAACCAGCUCUCGGGCCUGAGCGCUGCAGCCCUCGAAGGGGCCCCGCAGCUGGGCUACCUGUACCUGGAGCACAACCGCUUCCUGAGGAUCCCGGGGGCCGCACUGCGUGCCCUACCCAACCUCUUCUCUCUGCACCUUCAGGACAACGCGGUGGACCGCCUGGCGCCUGGGGAUCUGGCAGGAGCGCGGGCUCUGCGCUGCCUUUACCUGAGUGGAAAUCACAUCACCCAGGUGUCACCCGGGGCGCUAGGUCCAGCCCGGGAGCUGGAGAAGCUGCACCUUGACCGGAACCAGCUGCGAGAGGUGCCUACUGGAGCCUUGGAAGGACUGCCUGCACUCAAGGAGUUGCAGCUCUCGGGGAACCCAUUGAGGGCUCUGCAAGAUGAGGCCUUUCAGCCUGUGGGGCGGUCGCUGCAGCAGCUCUUCCUGAAUAGCAGUGACCUGGAGCAGAUUUCUCCCAGGGCCUUCUCAGGCCUAGGAAAGGGGCUCCGGAGCUUGUACCUGCAGAAGAACCAACUUCAGUCCCUGCCUGCCCCGAUGUGGCUCAGCGGGCUGGAGCUCAUCGACCUCAGCAGUAAUCCUUUCCACUGUGACUGCCAGCUGCUCCCUCUGCACAGGUGGCUCACUGGACUGAACCUGCGGGUGGGUGCCACCUGUGCCACCCCUCCCAGUGUCCGUGGUCAGAAGGUGAAGGUUGCAGCUCCUAUCUUUGAAGCCUGCCCAGGCUGGACUGCCAGGAAGGCCAAGAGGACCCCAACCUCCAGGGUCAGUGCCAGGAGAACUCCCACCCACAGCCGACAUUGAGGAACAGACAAGGUUAGCCCUUGGGCAAGGGCAACUGAGCCCCGACUUCUUCCAUCAGUCCUGACUUGUGAUUCCUGAGCUGAGCAAUGGCCCAUGGUCUCCUUGAAUGCAGUAAUAUCCCUUCUCAGACUUUAAGUGACUUUAUGUUUUUGUGGAUGCCACAGCUUAUUCAUCCCAUUCCUGUUUUCACUGGAUCUGUGUGGACCCCACCCUUUCCCAUCCUGACCUCUUAGACUUGGCUCUUCUCAGGGAGGAGAAUGGGAGUUCAGGUGUGUUGGCUCUGCCUCCCAACCACCUGUCAGUCACAGGUUGAGAUGUCACUUGAUGAGAUAUUCAGGUCCUGUCCUGAUCCAGCUUCAACUCUCAGUUGGAGUAAUGUGCCUUGAUGUAUCUAUGAAGGCUGAUUAGGCUGCUGCGGGGUGAGCCCCUAGAUGCAGAAGGCCCCGAUGCAGACGUGUAAGACUGACUGUGGCGUCCAAAGGGAGGAGAGCAUGUCAUAGAGGAAGUGAGCAAAGAGAAAGGUGCUGGGAAGCUGGGGAGAAGGCAGUGCCCCUCCCCCACCAGACUUGAGGCAGUCAGAUGGUGUUUACGGUAGUUCCCUGAGCUUGUCCUGAGACUGGACCUCCAACUGGGUACAGCAGCGAUGUGCCUGACCUGGAGGGUUAACACUGGAAAUCAAAGUGCUGAUUUUCAAUUGGAGCCUGGAAUAAAAGGAUCCCAUCUUGCUGCUCUGG